AUGGCAGUGGGGUUCCGCCGGGCGCUGGACGCGCUCACGUCGCCCAAGUCGGCCCUGCUGGAGUGCGCGCGGCCCAAGAAACUGUCCUCCUACGCGCGCGUCCGCUCCAUCAGCCUCCCCGUCCGCCUCCACCCGCUGGUGGCCGCGCUGCAUGACUCGGCGCGCGCGCUGCUCCGGUGGGCGGACGAGCCCGCGCAGACGGGCCCCGCGUGGGUCGCCGACGGGGCCGACCGGGCCGGGCAGGUGCUGGCGGGCCUCUCCGCCAUGCUCCACCACCCGCAGGCGCGGGACGCGCUCCGCCGGCCCUGGACGGAGCAGCUGCUCGACGACCUGCUCCUCCUCGCCGACUUCCACGGCUGCUUCAGGGACUCGCUCGUCGCGCUCCGCCAGCUGCUCAACGAGACGCACUCCGCCCUGCGCCGCCGCGACGGCGUGCGCCUCGCCGCGGCGCUCCGCGCGCAGCGCCGCGCCGCCAGGGAGCUCUCCCGCCUCGCCUCCUCCGCGCGGGACCUCUGCCACCGCGCCGCCCCCGACGACGACGUGGACGAGAUCACGCUCGCCGACGCCUUCGCGGCCGCCACGGCCGCCGUGGCCGCCGCCUCCGCCGCCAUCUUCUCCGGCCUGUCAUCCGCCUCGGCCGAGUCCGCCGCGAGCGCCGCCCCGUCCCCGAGGACCCCGACGCCCUACUCCCCCGCCCGCGCCCCCGCCAGCCCGAUGUGGCUGGUGACGGACCUCCUUCGCCGGCGGAGAACCGUGUCGUUCUCGUUCGAGGAAUACUGCAACGAGGAGGAGGAGGAGAGGAAGGCGGCCAUGGGCCGGGUGCGCGGCCUCGAGGAGUGCGUGGCCGCCGCCGAGGGCAGCGGCGAGCAGGUGUACCGCGCGCUCGUGAACGCCAGGGUGUCGCUGCUCAACCUGCUCACGCCCACAUUCUGA